AUGGCUCCUGCACGCAAGAGCAGUUCGUUGCCAGAGGGCUACAAGGAGGAUGCUUCCAAGGGACCCAUGCUCCGUUUCGAGGAGUCGCUGCCACGUCUGCCCGUUCCUACAUUGGAAGAGACUGCCAAGCGCUACCUGAAAUCAGUGCACCCUCUUCUGAGCAAGCAAGAGUACGCACAAACCGAGAAGGCUGUCAGCGAGUUCCUCGCUCCCAACAGUCUCGGUCACGAAUUGCAGAAGCGCCUGAUCGCACGAAGGGAUGACCCCAAGCACAAGAACUGGAUCUACGAGUGGUGGAACGAGGCUGCAUACCUCGCCUACCGUGACCCCGUUGUUCCCUACGUCUCAUACUUCUACAGUCACCGUGAUGACCGCAAGAGAAGAAACCCCGCAAAGAGAGCUGCCGCCAUCACUUCAUCUGUCCUCGACUUCAGAAGGCAGGUUGUUGAAGGCACUCUCGAGCCCGAGUACAUGAAGAAGCUCCCCAUUGCCAUGAGCAGUUACGAGUUCAUGUUCAACUGCUGCCGUAUCCCUGCUAAGCCUGCCGAUUACCCCAAGCAGUACGUUCCUAACGACCACAAGUACAUUACUGUCGUUCGCAAGAACCAAUUCUUCAAGGUAAUGCACGAGGUCAAUGGCAAGGAGCUUACCACUGCCGAAUUGGAGCAGCAGUUCCUGCGUGUCUACCAAUUGGCCGAGGACACUCCUUCCGUUGGUAUCAUGACUUCCGAAAACAGAGACACCUGGACUGAGAUGCGCGACGCCCUGAUCGCUCAGAACCCUUCGAACGAGGCCGCUCUCCAGACCAUCGAGGCAUCAUCCUUCGUCGUCUGCUUGGACGAGGCAAGACCUGUGACUCUUGAAGAGCGCGCUCACCAAUACUGGCACGGCAAUGGCGCAAACCGUUUCUUCGACAAGCCGCUCCAGUUCAUCAUCAACGACAACGGAACUUCAGGUUUCAUGGGUGAGCACAGUAUGAUGGACGGCACACCAACCCACCGCCUGAACGACUACAUCAACAUGCUCAUCUUCAACAACAAGCUCGACUACGACAACCCUUCAGUCCGCAGCAACCUCCCCGAACCCACUCCCAUCCGCUUCGACCUCUCUCCCUCAAACCUUGAGGACAUUGGCCGUGCUCAAUCACACUUCACCAAGGUCAUUGGUGAGCACGAGCUCAAGGUUCAAGCAUACCAAGGCUACGGCAAGGGUUUGAUCAAGAAGUUCAAGUGCAGUCCCGACGCAUUCAUUCAGAUGAUCAUCCAACUCGCCUACCACAAAUUCUACGGCAAGAACAGACCCACCUACGAAUCUGCCGCUACUCGCCGCUUCCAGCAAGGCCGUACCGAGACUUGCCGCUCCGUCAGCGAGGAGUCUUGUGCCUUCACCGACGCCAUGGCAAACCCUGCAGCCACACCUGAGGAGUGCAGACAAAAGUUGCAAGCUGCCCUCAAGGCACACGUUGCAUACAUCAGUGACGCCUCCGACGGCAAGGGUGUCGACCGUCACUUCUUCGGUCUCAAGAAGUUGAUCAAGGAAGGCGAACAACUCCCAGCCAUCUUCAGCGACCCUGCAUUCUCAUACUCAUCCACCUGGUUCAUCUCCUCUUCGCAACUGUCUUCCGAAUACUUCAACGGUUACGGUUGGAGCCAAGUCGUUGACGAGGGCUGGGGUAUCGCCUACAUGAUCAACGAGAACAGCUUGCAGUUCAACAUCGUUUCCAAGAAGUUGGGAUCUGAGCGUAUGAGCCACUACAUCAACGAAGCUGCAGAGGAGAUGAGAGAUCUCAUGCUGCCUACCAUCGAGACCAAGGCUAAGCUUUAG